CCCGUAAGUCCAUGCAUUGCACUUUUUACCCAUAAGAGGUUAAAAAAAAAUGAAUCGUAAUAGAAGACUACUGAAAUAAUAUUAUUUCAGUGUAGAUAAAGGAAGGGUAGCUUAAAACAUGCCAUCCGGACAAGCCAGUGUAGGAAUCAAGCGGACUUGCAUAUGAAUGGAGUGGAAAUAGGCUGGCUUUGAUCUGUAAGACUAUUCACUCAUAACCCAGAGGACCCAACAUCCUAGCUGAGUCCAGACUGGAGCAUGGUGCCAGAGAAGGAAAGCGAUGGUCUCAAGAACUUCGAUAUUCAUGGGCAUUUCUGUGAGCUGGAGAAUGAUGGAGAGGGCUCCGACCUCUCUGAGGAGGAUGACAAGAACAAGCUGGCCUACUGUGUCACAGACGUCCCAGCCUGGUACCUAUGCAUAAUCCUGGGCAUCCAGCAUUUACUGACAGCGUUUGGGGGGAUAAUUGCCAUCCCUCUGAUCCUGUCUCAGGGUCUGUGUCUGCAGCACGAUGGCCUGACCCAGGGUCACCUCAUCAGCACCAUCUUCUUUGUGUCAGGCGUGUGCACCCUGCUGCAGGUCACCUUCGGAAUCAGACUGCCCAUUGUUCAGGGGGGUACCUUUGCCUUUCUAGCUCCCUCCAUGGCUAUGCUGUCAAUGCCAGAGUGGACAUGCCCUGCCUGGACCCAGAACGCUUCCCUGGUCAACACCACCUCUCCUGAGUACAUAGAUGUGUGGCAGAGCCGCAUGCGAGAGCUGCAGGGCUCCAUCAUGGUGGGCUCUUUGUUCCAGGUGCUGGUGGGUUUCUCUGGCCUCAUCGGUUUCUUCAUGCGUUUUAUUGGCCCCCUUACUAUCGCACCCACCAUCUCUCUGAUUGGCCUGUCCCUGUAUGACUCGGCUGGAAUGAGCGCAGGGAACCACUGGGGCAUCUCCACUAUGACAACUGCUCUGAUCAUCCUGUUCUCCCAGUAUCUCCGACACAUCCCUGUACCAUUCCCCACAUACAACAAGACCAAGAAACUCCACACCUCCAGGAUCUACAUCUUCCAGCUUCUCCCUGUGCUCCUUGGCAUCACACUGUCAUGGCUGAUCUGUUACAUCUUCACCAUCUCUAAUGUCCUGCCCUCCGACCCGGAGAAGUACGGCUACCUGGCUCGCACAGACCUGAAGGGAGAUGUCAUAAGCCAGGCCCCCUGGUUCAGAUUCCCAUAUCCAGGUCAGUGGGGUUUGCCAACUGUGAGCCUGGCGGGACUGAUAGGGAUCUUGGCUGGGGUGUUAUCCUCCAUGAUAGAGUCGGUGGGGGACUACCACGCCUGUGCCAGACUAUCAGGGGCCCCUCCACCCCCUAAGCAUGCCAUCAACAGGGGCAUUGGCAUUGAGGGGAUUGGCUGUCUGCUGGCUGGGGCCUGGGGCACGGGCAACGGAACCACCUCCUAUAGUGAGAAUGUGGGUGCACUGGGCAUCACCAAGGUGGGCAGUCGCAUGGUGAUCGUUGCUGGUGGGGUAUUGAUGAUCAUCAUGGGACUUUUCUGUAAAAUUGGAGCAAUUUUCACCACCAUCCCCACACCUGUGAUUGGAGGAAUGUUCUUGGUCAUGUUCGGGGUCAUUUCUGCAGCUGGAGUUUCAAAUCUGCAGUAUGCAGACAUGAACUCCUCUCGGAACGUGUUUAUCUUUGGAUUUUCCAUGUUUUCCGGGCUUGUCAUUCCAAACUGGAUAUUCAAGAACCCGGAUGCCAUAGCAACAGGUGUGGUCGAGCUGGACCAACUGCUGCAGGUGCUUCUAACAACCAGCAUGUUUAUUGGAGGCUUCUUUGGGUUCUUCCUUGACAACACCAUUCCAGGCACCCUGCGGGAGCGGGGGAUCAUGGACUGGAACAAGAUCCCCCUUGAUGACUCUAGCAACACUUUGGAGAGCAGUGAGGUGUACAACCUUCCAUUUGGAAUUAGCUCUUAUCUCUCCUCCUUCUCCUGGGUUCGAUAUGUACCGUUCCUCCCUCCAAAUGCACCAAGCUCACAGGACGAGGCCAUGGUGGACUCUUUGGCGACCAAGCAGCAGCCUGUGAAGCCAGAGGUUAUCAGAUCAGUGGCCCUAUGAACACUGUGCAGGACCAGACACGGGCUAAAACAACAACAAUAAGAGAGGCAGCUCUCGUGACAUGGUCCUCCCGUUCUGUUCUUUUUUGUCUAAUAUUUUAUACUCAUAUCUUGUAAAGAUUUGAUUAUGCAUUUUCUAAAUGAACUUUUGGCAAUAAUAUUUAGGCAUUUGUGUGGUGUAAAUACAUUUUUGUUGUGAUCUUUUUUUUUUACAGUAAAGUGUUGUAAAUAUAUAUAUAUUUUUUAAAUGAACUUGUAUUUUACUGAACACACUGUAUAGGAACCAUAUAAUAAUUGGACUAAAAUCACUUUUAAAGAUUUCAAAAAUAAUAAUAUCUGUAAAGUUUUAAAUACUAACAAAAAUCUAAAAACUGCAAUAUGAUUCAAAUGUAUCUCAAACUGUCAUUUUGAUUCGGUGAUACGAUAGUACAAAGGUAGCCAAUGAAAUCAUUCUUGACACUACCUAUAAUGAUUAAUGGAAAAGUUUUAAUGGAGCCCUGGAAAUGAAGACGACAAUAUGUAUCAGUACAGUAUCAAUCCACAACAUAGAGCUAUCAUUUAUCUGUGAGGUUUUUCCUCAGCUUUCACUGUCAGGUCCUGCUUGAUGGCUCUGUACAAGCUGAGAAAGAACUCUGCCAGUGGUCAGCACAGUACACCCAAAGUCCUCUGGGCACACAUGGCCCAUGUGAUUAGAAAGAUCAGAGGUCAGGAGACAGAUAUCCAAGGAAAAAUGUCUCACCUCAAAGAGUACAUUCACAUCCUCUAUUGCGUUCUGAAAGGUGGGGUUCACCAUUGACGCCAUCUCUCUCUUCACUCUAACAGCUGGUGGGUAAAGGGCUGAAUGAGGGAGAGAGAGAAAGAAUGUUAACUCUUUUCUCUCUAAGUCUUGCCAAAGGUUUCAUCGUGUGAUGUGCUGCAGAGCAUGUGGCUUGAACCAUAUUUAUUGCAUAUUAAGAUUUGUCUAGAAAAGGCUAACAUUCUUUGUAUUCUUUGUAUGUCAUACUCUAUACAUGAUUUAUAAACAUAGUGUGUUAUUCUCACAGGGGAAAUACAAAGAAAUGGGUUGCUUUGUGUCACACUCCAAUUCAAAGAGUUGCCAAAUUGAAUGUGAUUUCACCUCUUAGCCCCAUUAAUAAUACCUCAGUCUGUGAGGAUGUGAAAUUCUUUCUAUAUGAGUAAAUCUAGUGAAACGUUAUUCAUGUAAAAGGGGAAAAGGUGGUUGUCUUUUUGCUGUUUGAAUAAAAGUCAGCCAUGUCCAAAUAGACCUAGCUGAGUCCUUAAUGUAGAAAGUAUGGAAGAGUACUUAAGUUAUCUAUUGAAAAACUAAAAUAUGUGAGGAACGUUUAUCAGGACAUGCCUAAGUACUGACAGAAUUAUAGAACUGUAGGCAACAAAACCACAAGGGGGAAACAUAUGGUUCUCACUAUCACAUCUAGAACAAACCCUUAAAUCAUUGUGAUGAAUCAAUUGCAAUGUGUUAUCGAAGGGACUUUUCAUGGAAGCACAGUUGUAUGGCCAGGGUCACUGUUUCUUGUCCACAUUUUCACCCAGCUCGGGCACGUCUACUGUCAGGCACACUGUUUGAGCCUCUCUGCUUUCAUCCUCUACUGAAGUAGUCUCCCCUGACAUACUGUUACCAUUAAGUAGCAACACAGUUCUAGAAAUCUUUGGUAGCGAGCUGGUCAGCGUAAGAACGGAAUCAGCUUCAGUGUCCUACUGCAAUGUGCCAGGAGAUGGCAUUCUUCUCAAACUAAUGCCAGAUGCCUCCCAGUCAAUUAUAAUACUGCCAGUCAAAAAUGAACUAAGUUAACUGUUCUCCUUUAGGGUUUGUUUGAAAAUGUACUGACACCAUCAAUGCUACCUUCAAAUGUCCACUAGAAGACAGUAGACAACAUAAUAUAUAACCUUUCAAGUUAAUUCCCUCAACUACAAUUGCCACUGAUCAUCUGAUGCUUCACAUGAAUGCAUAAAGCAAUAGCACACACAUAGAAGUACAGUACAGUGAGUAUAUUUUCAACAUGAGCAAAUAUGAUUCUCCAUGAAAAAUCACAUAUAGUUGACUGUUUCCGGAGUAAUAUACCUAAACCAAUUAAGAACAGCAUACUGUAACUUAAAGUAAACCAAUAUAACUCAUAAUGAUCCUAUAGUGAUGCUUCAUGGUGGGCUGAAAACUGCAUGUCAGCACAUCUUAUCAUAGCUACAGUACACAGUAGGCACUUCCCAAUCUGGCUCCAGAGAGAUCAUCAUCUCUUCAGAUGCCAUCUGUCGUCAUUACAGUACUCUAUGCUUAGGAUAAAUUCAGUUGGUGAAACCCUCCUCCCCCUCCUGCCUCCACCACCCCUUUUAAAACCCUACCAACUCCCAUCACUGAAUUUUUGGACUGAACAAAUGUCCCCUUAUGCACUCACACUUCACCAAGCAUGACCAUCAAACCCAUUGUCCAUCUGUUCUUCAUAGACAGCAGAAUGAUCACUGUAAUUAGCCGCAUGAAGCAGUAAAGAAAAUCCCCACAGUCUCCGGUAGAAUCGUGACUUUCUAGGACAAGCCAUAUUUGCUGUAUCAAAUCUGCACCGAAAAUAGCACUGUGGAAAUAUGCUGGAUCCGGUGCUGACUGUGCAAAAUGACUCUGACAAAUUACUUGUUUUUUCCAUAAUGGUUUUACUCGCUACAAUACUAAAUCCCCUGCAGACUGAACAACAACAUUUCUGUAUUAAACCUAGGAGAAUACAUGUGUCCAAAACAAUAUUCCAUUGUGACCAGAUUUGUCAAAUAUGUACAAUACUCAGUUCAGAUUACUCCAAUAAUGACUUUCAUCCAUAUCUACUGAGGGAAAUAUGAAAUAUUUGGUGUGGAUGGAUGAUAAUGUUGUAUGUUGUUUCUAUCAUUCUAGGUUAUGAAGAUUACUUCAUCUCACACAGAGCCCCUCAGCCUCUGUACAAGCAUUUCCGUCGAAGGGAACAUAUUUUACACAAAGUUUCUCAGAGGUUAAACCGUUAUGAGAUACCAAAUAUUUGUGAUUUGUGAACAAUAUUAUAUUGAUUUAGUCUUCAUUUAGAUGGUUCCCAUCCACACGUGUACUGUAAAUACUUUCCUUUCCUUUGUACUUCAUUUAAAACAGGAGACUUCAAAGGGGGAAUUUUGGGGAAAUUCUGAGAGCUACACUUAAUUGUCUCCCCUUUCCACUGUGAAGCUCUCCAAAACAUUUCAAUCCAAAGACACACAGACAACCCCUAAUAAAGUUUGCUCAACAUCC